AUGGGCCCACCAGCACCACCGCCCUCGUUGUCAUCCCCCUCGUCACAAGCUGCGUCGCCCCCUUCAUCGACUCGCUCUGAUCACCACAAUGCCGUCAACUUUUCGCAUCUUGGGCGGUCAACGUCGAGAGUGAGUGCGACCAAGGAAGCAACGAUCGGAGCGGAACAAGGAGCGGCCCACAACGACGCAAGGGAGGAAGCAUUGGCAUCAGCAUCAGCAUCAGCAUCGGCAUCGGCAUCAGCAUCAGCAUCAGCAUCAGCAUCAGCAUCAGCAUACCCACAUCUGCACCCACACGCGCGGGACUCUGGGGAAGAUCGGAUCUCCAACUCGGCCUCAGCCUCGGAGCCCGACCUCCAGGACCACGAACCCGAUCAUGAUCACAUCCAUGACCAUAUCCAUGACUACAUCGACUCUGGCGUCCCCACAGCCUCCCACCACCCGUCUUCGCCAUUCUCACCGCCUGUCUCAUCGCCCCUCAACCCUUCCCAUUCAGCAUCGAGUAAUGGUCCCGCGAUACGGCCCACUCCACGGCCUUUGCUACGACACUCACAACACCGAAGUACCCCAGAUCUGCCUCUUCAGCCCCUGCGCUCAACCGACAGCGCCUUGACGCUCCAGGACCUGGGCACCGAUUACACUCGCUACUUCAACCCUUUUGCCCAUCACAACACCAGAAAUUCCAGCGCACGCAGUUCGUUUUCGGAGAAACGCUCAUUGAGCAACCUCCUGCUGGCAGGGGCCACGACGCCGCUCGGCCUCACAACGCCCGCGAACCCUUUCCUCACGCCCAACUCGUCCACCACCAAGCUGAACACUUUGUACGAUGCCGAAAAGAACCUCUCCUUCGUUGAUGAUCGCUUAAACGCCCCCUAUGAGGCCAAAGGUAUGGCCGCCUGGCCGCUGGUAGGUGAUGCCGCCGAAGACGACGACGAGAUGCACAUGCCACGUGACGACGAUGACAUUCGGUACAGGCCCAAGAUGAGCGAUCAUUUUACGAAAGAUAGUAUCAUUUCCACCAUUGGUCUUGCUGUCAUGAUCAUUGGCCUGCUGUUCAUCUUUAUUGCCCUUCCAGUGCUCUCGGCCGCCGGCAUCAUCGACUACAACUCCUCCUUUGGCGUCCCACUGAGCAUGAUGCCGCAACCCUCCCGGCCUGAACCAUGGGCAACCGUCAAUAACAAACUGUAUCCCCACUUGGUUGAGAUGCGCAACGGUCUCAUCGACCCCGACACUCCUGAGCAAGUCAAGAAAAGAAAGGGCGAGUUCGGCGACGACUAUGUCUUGGUGUUCAGCGAUGAGUUCAACCAAAACAACCGCACGUUCUACGAGGGUGAUGAUCCGUACUUCUUUGCCGGCGACUUCUGGUAUGGCGCGACGAGGGAUCUGGAAUGGUACGACCCGGAUGCUGUCACCACGUAUGACGGCGCGCUGGAACUUAGGCUCGACAAGUUCAGGAAUCACAAUCUUGAUUUUCGCUCAGGCAUGCUCAACAGCUGGAACCAGCUUUGCUUCAAGGGCGGCAUCUUUGAGGUUUCGGUCUCUCUGCCAGGACCAGGCGGUGCGCCGGGAUUGUGGCCCGGCGCGUGGACUAUGGGUAACCUAGGUCGACCGGGAUAUUUGAGUACGACAGAAGGCAUGUGGCCAUAUACAUAUCAGGCUUGCGAUGUAGGUAUCACUCCAAAUCAAUCAAGCUCUGAUGGAUUAUCCAAUCUACCCGGUCAACGCUUGCCCUCGUGCACAUGCCCUGGCGAAGAUCACCCGACUCCAGGUACCGGAAGGGGAGCGCCCGAAAUCGAUAUCAUCGAGGUCGGAGCUACUUACCCGCCACACAACAUGCCGAUUGCCACACAGAGUUUCCAGGUGGCUCCAUUCGAUGUGUAUUGGUAUCCCAACUACAACUACACUGCGUUCCCAGACUAUAGCCUCAGUUGGUAUAACGGAUACACUGGCGGUCCUUAUCAGCAGGCUAUAUCCGCAACCACCAACUUGAACAAGGAUUGGUUUGAUGGCAAGGCAUAUCAGCGCUACUCGUUUGAGUACCAGCCUGGCGAGGGUGAAGAUGCCUUCAUCUCCUGGAAAGUAGGAGACGAAACCAUGUUCAUGAUGGACGGUCGCGCAAUUGGUCCUAAUGGCAACAUUCAAGCCCGCCAAGUCUCGGAAGAACCAAUGAGCCUGAUUCUCAAUCUUGGAAUUAGUGAGUCAUGGACCUGGAUCGAUUGGGAACACAUGGUUUUCCCGGCAGUCAUGCGCGUCGAUUAUGUACGCUUAUACCAAAAGGAGGGCGAGGAAAUGGUUACAUGCGACCCGCCUGGCUUCGAGACGACGGCAUACAUUAAAAAACACAAAAGGGCUUAUACGAACAUGAACCUCACCGUAAGUUGA